GGAUGCUAUCAGCCAAGGUGUGUUUCUUAUUCUGAAAAUGGCGGAGCAUCUAACAAUGCAAUAACGAUAUUUUGAAAGCCACAAAGCCAUAGUUUCGCCGAGUUCUAACCCUUAUUUGCCAAUUGAGCCUCCAGGCUUUGCCUAAGUGUCAACAUGGGGAAGCUAUUAUCAAAAAUAUUUGGUAACAAGGAGAUGAGAAUUUUGAUGUUAGGUCUUGAUGCUGCCGGAAAAACCACAAUUUUAUACAAACUUAAGCUUGGGCAGUCAGUAACAACUAUACCAACAGUAGGUUUUAAUGUGGAAACUGUUUCGUACAAGAAUGUCAAAUUCAAUGUGUGGGAUGUUGGUGGACAAGACAAGAUCCGGCCCCUAUGGCGCCACUAUUAUAAUGGUACCCAGGGCUUGAUAUUUGUAGUGGAUUGUGCAGACUUAGACCGCAUUGAUGAGGCAAGAACAGAACUUCACCGGAUAGUCAAUGACAGGGAGAUGAAGGAUGCCCUAAUUUUAAUAUUUGCAAACAAACAAGACUUGCCAGAUGCUAUCAAACCUCAUGAAGUUCAAGAAAGAUUACACCUAACCAAGCUAAGAGACAGAAAUUGGUAUGUCCAGCCGUCAUGUGCUACAUCUGGUGAUGGCUUAUAUGAUGGAUUGACCUGGCUUUGUUCCAAUCAUAAACAUUAAUUAUUGAAGAGAGCAGCUUUGGUGUGUGUAUACACUCUAGCUACAUGUACUAUAAUUGUUGCCUUAUAAUUUUUUUAUACCCACCUUAAGAUAGAUCUUGAGGGUAGAUUAUUGCAUGAGUAUCUACGGAGUAGUUUAAUGUUUGAUUCAUGCAUCUCUACAUUUAGUGGAUGAAAGUGUAACUUCUUGCUUGAUAAGCAGAAGAAGAGUCUGUUACUAAUAACAAAACAUUGUAGGUUAUUUAUAUAGCACCUGUUCUUUUAAUGUCACUCAGUAGUUAAAAAUUGAAGCUAUUAAUUUAGAGUAUAUUGUACAUUUAGGGCAUAACCCUCAUAUAGAGUUUUAGUGUCUUGAAAAUACUUAACUUAACCCAACCAAGCAAUAGCUGUUUCAUUGUCUUUUCACUGAGCAUUGCUUUUAAACAAGCAUUGCUUUUAGAGAAGGCAACUUGAUUUUAUGCAUUCGGAUUUGGUUUUAGACCUCCUAAAGAAUGAAAAAUCAAACUUUGUUGAUCGCAAAUAAACUUACCGACUGCAAAUAUGACCUUAAACUGUACAGAUACUCAGUGGAUCAAAAGGACAUUGCUAAAAAUGGACAGAUUGCAAAUGGAGUUUCACUAUAGCAAGUACAAAACUGUCUGCAGUGCAGUUCAAGUCUGCAGAUUUUGUGGGAGUGGCAAUGACUUAAACACAACUCUGGGCUUAAGUUAAAGAUUUGAGUAAGAGGAUUUGGGUUUUUACACACUCAUUGUAGACCAGCAGCUUUUAGUGUUCAAAUGGUUUUAAUCAUUUAGCUAGUAUUUAGGAGUGAAAUUUCACUUCCAGACCUGAUAUGGUUGAGUUAUUAGAACCACACACAAAGGUUAUCCAGUUUUAAUGCUUAUCAGUUUGUCCUCAACAAUCCUGCCUUGUAUGUUAAUCCUGAAUUUAUUAUGAAUUGAUUUAAAACUGUCUGCACUGCUGUUGUUCACCACCAUUCUCUAUGUCAUUGUGAGGACAUUUUAACAAGAGCACAUUUAAAAAUGGUUUCAAAAACCUUUGUGACAUGAUAGUGGUAGCAAUCAAAUGUUUUUUAUUUUCUAUUGCAAUAUUUGUUGUUUGAUUUUGUUAGUCAUGUUACCCCAGAACAUGAGAUCUACAUGAGCAAAAGAAAUGAAAGAAUUAAUAAUCUGUAACUAUUUACUGCCUUUUCCUUGUUGUUGAAGGUUAAUCUGAAAAUUGGGAUGUUUUGUGAAAUAGACUGUUGGCCAGUUGGUGAUGUUAUAGUCAUUUGCAAUGCAAUGUUCUGCAGCAAACAGCACUAAUAGCUGUGGCUGUUGCCAACUUUUUAUGGCGAACACCACUUGCCAACUCAUGGGAAACUUCCUUCAACUCAGUAUUUUGUCACUUAACCUUUCUUAUAACUCAAGAUAACAGGCAUAAAAUACAUUUAUUGAAGUUAAAAUUUGCUGUUUGUUCUAAGAAGUCAUUGAUUUUAUUCUGACUGAUUAUCAAUUCUGGAUUGAACGAUUGAGGUUUAGGCUUUACUUGGUAUGUCAGCAGUUUGACCUGUAUGUUGGCAAGUUGACUAAUGGUGUUGGCAAGUUGGUUGUGGAUGAGUUGACAUGCUGGCAAAGUGACCAGAAAACCUCUGCAUGGCAUUAUCCACCCCUUUGAAAGAAGAGGCUCACCUUGGAGUCUUUCAGGUCUCUAAAUUAACUCUUUACACCCUAACAUCAGUAUGCAUUUUCUCCAUAAUUUUCUACACAUUCUCUAAGGUUUUGAAAAGGAGAAUUUCUUUAACAAUCAAGAACUUGUUUAGUUUUUGAUCAUUUCCCUUAUUCUCACGACUAUGAUGUCUUAUUCAGGGGUGAUCUGGUGUGGAGAAGUUAGAUGCCAGUCUCUCUUAAGGGUUAAAGGGUUAAUGGUUGUGCAUAGUGAGUUGUUGGGUUAUAAUCACUUUGGUUUGUAAUUUUGAAUUACAGAUGAAACAACAACUAAAGAAGUAAAAGUUAUCAAUAAUAAUUCUUAUAAAUAGUCACUUGCUUCUGUUGGUUCACACAUGAUUUGAGACAGACAAGUAGAGUAUUUGACCAUGCUUUUGCACCCAAAAUUGAAUAACCGUGUUGUUAAAGUGUGUCUAGCACUAAAGUUCAGUUAAUAUAGAUUACUUAGUAAAAA